ACAUGCUUUACAACACGCUCCAGAUGCACGGGUGUCUACAUGCUUUACAACAUGCUCCAGACGCACAGGUGUCUACAUGCUUUACAACACGCUCCAGAUGCACGGGUGUCUACAUGCUUUACAACAUGCUCCAGACGCACAGGUGUCUACAUGCUUUACAACACGCUCCAGAUGCACGGGUGUCUACAUGCUUUACAACAUGCUCCAGACGCACAGGUGUCUACAUGCUUUACAACACGCUCCAGAUGCACGGGUGUCUACAUGCUUUACAACAUGCUCCAGACGCACAGGUGUCUACAUGCUUUACAACACGCUCCAGAUGCACGGGUGUCUACAUGCUUUACAACAUGCUCCAGACGCACAGGUGUCUACAUGCUUUACAACACGCUCCAGAUGCACGGGUGUCUACAUGCUUUACAACAUGCUCCAGACGCACAGGUGUCUACAUGCUUUACAACACGCUCCAGAUGCACGGGUGUCUACAUGCUUUACAACAUGCUCCAGACGCACAGGUGUCUACAUGCUUUACAACACGCUCCAGAUGCACGGGUGUCUACAUGCUUUACAACAUGCUCCAGACGCACAGGUGUCUACAUGCUUUACAACACGCUCCAGAUGCACGGGUGUCUACAUGCUUUACAACAUGCUCCAGACGCACAGGUGUCUACAUGCUUUACAACACGCUCCAGAUGCACGGGUGUCUACAUGCUUUACAACAUGCUCCAGACGCACAGGUGUCUACAUGCUUUACAACACGCUCCAGAUGCACGGGUGUCUACAUGCUUUACAACAUGCUCCAGACGCACAGGUGUCUACAUGCUUUACAACACGCUCCAGACACACGGGUGUCUACAUGCUUUACAACACGCUCCAGACACACGGGCGUCUACAUGCUUUACAACACGCUCCAGACACACGGGUGUCUACAUGCUUUACAACACGCUCCAGACGCACAAGCGUCUACAUGCUUUACAACAAGCUCCAGACACACGGGUGUCUACAUGCUUUACAACACGCUCCAGACACACGGGUGUCUACAUGCUUUACAACACGCUCCAUACACAUGGGUGUCUACAUGCUUUACAACACGCUCCAGACACACGGGCAUCUACAUGCUUUACAACACGCUCCAGACACACGGGUGUCUACAUGCUUUACAACACGCUCCAGGUGAACAGGCGUGUCUGCCACCCGCCUUCCAGGAGCCCCUGAUGCCAAACACCUUCUCCCCUCCACGUGCACACGCGCGGCCUGA